AAAGAAAAGGGCACGCAGAAAAUACACUUUUCUUUUAGAGAGAGAAACGAAAACCCAGACCAGACUGAUACAGAAGAAGAGUGAAAAGACGAAGAAGAAGGAAGAAAGAAGAAGAAGAAGUCAUACUUACUUCUGCGUCGAAGACCAUUCUCUCUCUCUCUAUCAUCAUCGUCUUCAUUUGAUCCAAAACCCUAUAUCAUUCAUUCCAUCUUUGGUUCAUAUCCGUCAUCGUUAUAUGCAUUCGUAUAUAGAUACAUAGUUCAGUAUAUAUAAACCCAUUCAAUGAAACUGUACGGUCGGACAACGGGAAUGGAAGGCGAACAAUCCGAUCCGGCGAUGGAAUGGAGUUCGCCGACUAGCGACACAGGGCUCGAAGAGUCUUUUUGGCAAUUAGGACUGACCGGUGGUGGAGAAGCAUAUCCUGAACGACCUGAUGAUCCAGAUUGUAUCUAUUACUUGAGAACUGGAUUCUGUGGAUAUGGAGAAAGGUGUCGGUUCAAUCAUCCACGAGACAGGGGUUUGGUGAUGGGAGCCAUGAGAGCUGCUGGAGGUGGUGAGUAUCCAGAGAGAGUGGGCCAACCUGUUUGUCAGUAUUAUAUGAGAACUGGAAUGUGCAAAUAUGGAACAUCCUGCAAAUAUCACCAUCCAAGACAAGGAAGUGGAACUGUUGGUCCCGUUGCCUUAAACAUUUCAGGAUACCCUAUUCGUCCGGGAGAAAAAGAGUGUUCAUACUAUGUGAAAACAGGGCAAUGUAAAUUUGGUGUAACCUGUAAAUUUGAUCAUCCUCAACCAUCUGGCAUUCAAAUGCCACAGCCACCACCACCAACAGCUGCUGGUCCAUUGCCUUUGCAGACACAAACUAUUUAUCCAACAAUGCAGGCUCCUCCUCCUCCCCAUCAUCCAUCUUCUCAACAGUAUGGAGUAGUUUCAGGAAAUUGGCCAGUGGCUAGGCCAACUUUGAUUCCAGGUUCAUAUAUCCAAGGGGGUUACAGUUCUGUGCUAUUUCCUUCAGGGAUGGUUUCAUUUCCCAGUUUCAAUCCCUAUCAGGCACCUGUGAGUCCAGUAGCCUCUGGAAGCAAUCAAUCCUCUAUUGGAGCAGCUCCUCUAUAUGGUGUAACUCAAUUAUCUCAUUCGACGCCUGCUUAUACUGGGCCAUAUUUAUCAUUGCCUUCUAUUGUGGGUCCCUCAAGCAGUAGCCAGAAGGAACAGCAGUUUCCAGAGAGACCUGGCCAACAGGAAUGCCAAUAUUACAUGAAGACAGGAGAUUGUAAAUUUGGAUCAUCGUGUAGAUACCAUCAUCCACCAGAAUGGAGCAUAAUGAAAACAAAUGUUGUCCUUAGCUCUACGGGACUUCCUCUUCGACCGGGUGCACAACUUUGCAAUCACUAUGCUCAAAAUGGGGUAUGCAAAUUCGGACAAUCAUGCAAAUUCGAUCACUCAACCGAAACACUGAGUUACAAUACAUCUGCAUCUUCUCUUGCCGAUAUGCCUGUUGCACCUUAUCCUGUUGGAUCAUCAGUUGCCACUCUAGCACCAUCAUCGUCAUCAUCAUCAGAAUUGAAGGCAGAAAUUGUUUCUGGUUCAAACGAGGCUUUAUCAACCCGAAUCUCUUCUUCUAAGGGAAAUUCAAGUGUUUCUAUUGGUUCAAUCUCCUCUGCACAAAUUUCUAGUUCUGCUCCUUCAAAAUCAAGCGAAACCGAUGAACCUAUUAAAUCUGUCUCUUCUUGAUCUUCAUCAAGAUUCACGAAUGAUGCCUAUAAUUUUAAUUUUUUUUUAUCACUUGGGCAAAUCUUCUUCUAUCUAAUUCAUGGUCCCCGACGGUUCAGAUUAGGAAACCAUAGCUUCAACCAUCAUAUCCUUCCUUGUUCAUAUAAUCUUAUAUAUGUCAAACAUCAUCUUUUCUUCUUGAAUAAGCCUUCUUAGAUAAAAACAUCAAAGUUCAUCCAUCUGAAUAACCCACAAAGGAGAAAAGAAAGAAAGAAAAACUUCAUUCUGUGGGUAAACUUUACCUCCUUCGGCUAGGAGCUUGUUGUGUUAAAUUCUAUACUACUGUACUUUUUUUUCGGAUCAGAUGGACAGAUCUUCGCCAAUUACGAUUGUGGCGACACAAUCUCUAUACCACCCUUGUUUUUUUGCAGGGCUUGUAUUAUAAAGAGCAGCAGAGCUUGGGAAAGGAAGAUGAUAUAAUGAUAUUGAACACUCUCUGCUCUCAGAACUGAAUUGGUUGAUAAAUUUGAUUUGGGAGCAAAUAUUCACAAACAUUGAACUCUGUAAUGCUGCCCUUUAUACAAUUAUAUAUAUUUAUGAAGAACAAUUUAUGGAAACACAAAUUGGU